AUGAUAGGAAGUCGGAGGACCUGUACGGGCCAUGAAUGGAGCGAAACCAACGCCUUUUGCCGUUCGCGGGCUUUAGACCUUGCCGGUGAGCGCAACGGCCGCAGCGGCAGCGGCCGCAUGGACAUGGUGGGAGCGGAGGCGACGGAGGGCGUUCCGCGGCGGCUUCGGCGGCCUCGGCAGCGGCUGGGCACCCUUGGCGGCGAGUAUAGCGGUCUCACGGUGGCACUGGGAGCGGAGACGAUUGAGGGCGUUUCGCGGCGGCCUCAGCAACGGCGGGGCUUUUCGGCCCCUUUUCUACCAGCUCUGAAGCCUGGCGAACAGCUUGGUGGACAGCUCGGAGAGCUUGGGGAAUUUAUGCUUUACAGCGAUACCAUUGCUUUCAACAACAUUGCUCCCCUUACCAAUACUGUCCCUUCUACCAACGCUGUUACUGGAACGUUUGGAGCAGAAGAACUGAUUGGCAUUCUGGGGGAGUCUGUCACAUUCCAAGUGAAGACCUCUCCACCAUUUGAAACAAUUUCCUUGAAUAAAAUUAUCAAUAGCAAUGCUAUAAAUGUUGCUUUGGUGACCUUCAAGAAGCUGCCAUGUGACUUCUUGUUCCUCCGCCCAGACUUUCAAAAGCGACUGAACAUCUCCAGUGACUGCAGAAAUUUACAUCUUGGCCCUCUAGAGAAAGAGGACACUGGCACAUACAGUGUAGAAAUUUUUUUACCAACUGAAAGGACAGCGGUCGAGUCCUUUGAUCUGCGAGUUUUUAAACGUUUGGUGGACUAUGAGCUGAAAGUGACCUGCACUCCUGAGGGGACUGGAAACAGAACCUGGCAGCUGACUUGCUCUACAGGGACCUGGGAAGACAGAGUGAACAUCAGCUGGACCUCAUCUGCCCAGAGCACAGGUCCUACCCCUGGGAGCUCUGUGAUCCGGUUUGUCCCCCAGGAGUUCAAGGCAACAUGCAGAGCAGAAAACCCUGUUAGCCAGGCAUCCAGGACAGUCUCCUUAAAGGAAGUUUGUUCAGGUAAGUUUUUCUCCUCUUAA